AUGGAAGCACUAGAGCGCAAGCUUCUAAGUCGCCUCAGUACUCAAUUUCAGGCGCCUUUGAGGCGCCUCUCCCCUUCCCCUCAUUCUCUCCCUCGUCGCAUUCUCAUCCUUCACGGCAUCCCAUCAGGUGAAUGCCUUGGAGAGCAGAAGCACUGGCGAAAGCAGUCCUCCCCUCAUUCUCACAUUUCACUACAUCUCAUUCAAUGGAUACCUUGGAGAGCAGAAGCACUGGCAAGAGCAGUCCUGGCGGAACUGGAAAAGGAGCUUGCAGGGCGGCCUCGGCCAGUGGUGUUCAUGUCGUUUUCUGGAGGGUACAAGGCCUGCCAGUGGAAGAUCAUGGAGGCUCUGCUCUCUACAUCCGCUCCAGAGGCGAUGCAUCGUGAUGCAAAUGCAGCAGGAGCAGCAGCCGAAGCUGUAGCCCCAGUGCCAUCAUCUUCAGCAGCCUCCCCACAGUCAGCACUGGCAUCAGAGAGAGAAGGGAAAGUUUCCACUUCCUACCAGCACUUCCUUUCGCUCCUCCGAGAGUGCUACGCGGGGCAGGUCUUUGACUCGUCUCCUGUCGACUUCACAUCAGACCUAGGCGUUAGGUUCCUCUCCCAACCUCCCCCUGUAACUGCUCAACCACAAGCCACUUUCCAAGCAUCCGCCACCUCCCAACAACCUUCCACCUCUCAACCGCCCCUCACCCCUCAAUGCACUGGUUCUGCUCCUGCUUCUGCUGUUGCGACUGCUCUUGCUGCUGCCACCACUCCUGCCACUCCUGCUCCUGAUGCUCCUGCAACUUCUGCUGCCACAGCCGCCCAGCAGCCGAGGACUGUGCGGCACACGUUGGUGCGUUUUGAGGCGCCUCAAAGUGCACCUUUUGAGGCGCCUAAAAAAAAAACUGCUCCUGAUGCUCCUGCAACUUCUGCUGCCACAGCCGCCCAGCAGCCGAGGACUGUGCGGCACACGUUGGUGCGGUCAGCAGCUGUCGUGCUGGACUGGCUGCUGCUACCCGAGUUUGAGAGGCAGCGGGCAGCACAGUGGGCCACACUCCUCCACUGCUCGGCCCUAGCUCCGGUGCUGCUGCUGUGCAGCACGGACGACCAGCUGGCGCCCAUUGAGUUCAUUCGCCAGUAUGAGAGAGAGGCAGUGGCGAGGGGCGCAGCAGUGACAAGGGUGGAAUGGCGCACAUCGGAGCAUGUUGGUGAGUGGGGGCUUGGGAUGUCUGGUGGAUAA